AAGAAGAAGAAGAAAAGAGCUCCGUGUCUGAAACAAACUGCUGCUGUCACAUGGGUCCGAGGAGGAAAGACGAAGAAGGCAAAAAUCGCUUCCUGAAAUGAUUCUCGAUCAUCACUGGCUGUGUUUUGUUUUUUGUUUUUCUGUUUAUCGCGUUUGAUACAUUUCUCCCCCUCUGCUCUUCGUUCGGUUACUGAUGAUCAGCAAAGUUAAAAACGCGAUGUCCACGCUGGUGGGAGGCAUGAUGCCGCACGGACACCACCACCACCACCACAACCAUCACCACGCAGGUGGUGGAGCUGGAGGCCAGAGCGGCGGACAGGACGGUUUGCCGCCGCGCUUCCCCUACGGCCGCCCGGAUUUCUUGGACCUCACCCCGGAGCUGCUGCAAUACUCCACCGAACACGCGUCACGGCCGGUGCUCACACCGAAGAGAGGCAGCAGGCUCCCGUGGAGGACGGGAUACGCAGAGGUGAUCAAUGCGGGGAAGAGCAUGCUGAAUGAGGAUCAGGCCUCGUGUGAGAAACUGUUUGUGAAGAAGCCCAGUGGCAAACACAGAAACUCGACUCUGCAGGAGGAUAAUGGGGAUGGCACAGGAAUUCCUCUCCACUUCUGGGGAGUCUUUGAUGGACACGCCGGUUCCGGGGCCGCCAUCAUGGCCUCCAAACUUCUUCACCACCUCAUCAGAGACCGUCUGGGAGAAAUCUGCCACCUGCUGGAGAAUCCCACCUCUGCGCCUCCAAUCUGCUUGGCCAAGAACGGCAGUCCGUACCAGGCAGACUCGAAGAAGGGAGCUUCACAGGAACCAGAGGACCCGGAUGCGAUCAGCGACUCCACGGUGCGCUUUCACAUGGAGAAGGUUGUCAGUCUGGAGAGUUUGGUGAUGGGAGUCAUCGAGACGGCCUUCAAACAGAUGGACGACCUGAUUGAGAAGGAAAAAACUUCAUACGCGAUCUCUGGCGGGUGCUGUGCCUUAGCUGCCAUUAAUUUAAUGGGAAAACUCUAUGUAGCCAAUGCUGGAGACAGCAGGGCCAUAAUCAUACGAAAUAGCAAAGUUAUUGCUAUGACUAAUGAAUUCACACCUGAGUCAGAGAGGCAGCGGCUCCAGUAUCUGGGCUUCCUGAGGCCAGAGCUUCUGGGUAACGAGUUCACUCACAUUGAGUUCCCUCGUAGGAUCCAGCACAGUGAGCUGGGCAAGAAGAUGCUCUACAGAGACCACUCCAUGACCGGCUGGGCUUAUAAGACAAUCAUUGAAGAUGAUCUGAAAUUCCCUCUGAUUUAUGGAGAAGGAAAAAAGGCUCGUGUCAUGGCAACAAUCGGAGUGACCCGCGGGUUGGGGGAUCAUGACCUGAAGGUGUACAACUCCAAUAUCUACAUCAAGCCCUUUCUCUCUUGUGUCCCUGAAGUGCAGGUUUACAACAUGGAUGAAAACAAACACGGCCCAGACGACGUCCUGGUCAUGGGUACAGAUGGACUGUGGGACGUAACGACGGACAGUGAAGUUGCUGAUGCUGUGACAGCGUACUUAUCCUGUGCUGACCCCUCUGAUCCAAUGAGGUACACACUGGCAGCACAGGACCUGCUGAUGAGGUCUCGAGGAGUGCUGAAGGAGCGCGGCUGGAGGCUACCCAACGAUAGACUGGGAUCAGGUGAUGACAUAACCGUAUUUGUCAUCCCGCUGGCCGGGCAAGAGUUAGAGACAUGAUGUGGCGUUGUCGCAGUGCUAAGACACAGCUGACUCUGUAGAGUCAUUUUAAAAAUCUCCCUUAACCCUGGACCGACGAGGCAGUGGGGGAUAAUACACUUUAGCUUUGUUGACUUCGCUUUCUCAUCCAACAAAUUUCAUUGUACCAUCGUUUGAACCUACAGUACAUACAAUGACCUUAACUAAAUUAAAGUGAACCGCUAUUAUUGUGAAGACUUGGAUCUGAGUAGCGCCAUCGUCAACGUCUUCUGGACCCUGAUCCUGCUGCUGCUGCUGCUGCUGCUGCAAACUAACCCAGGAUGGCGUCUCAGUUUGGUCUAAAUAACAAAGAUUUUGAGUGACGCUAUAAGGGAAGUCACUCAGUACGUUUACAUGACAUUAGGAGAAAAAAAAAACAAUUGUGUUAAUUAUGUGUUAAAUUAUACUAGAUUGGAUGUCUCAUAGUGGGACUAACACACCCAGAUAAGUUAAUUCGGACCCAAACUGAGUGGACAUACAAUACUGUACAUGUACUGUGAAAUACAUGUAGGUCAACAGGAAAAGGCCUAAUAGUGACAUCUGAAAGGGGACACAUCACCACCUAGUGGAGCAGAGAUGCAUAGUCAAUAAUUCCUUCCCCAGUGUUUGUGCCAGUGCCAAGGACAGUAGUCCAAUUAAAUUUCAUAGUCAAGUAGCCCAAACUUAAUUGUGCAUGGAAACAUACUGAGUGUCUCUUUCUCCCAGACAUGCUGUUUGUAACAAAUGCCAGUGAGAAUUGAACCCCCUCGUCUUGUUCUUUUGUUUUCGGCUCUAUGUUCAAAGAUGGCAGACUGUGACUCAAAAAAAAUCGGAACAGAUUGUUCCUUUUGUAGGUCAUGGCGUGAAUGUGACAAUGUAAACAACAAACACAGAAUCAGACACAUGCAGUAGGAAAUGUGAGGAAACCAAAGAGAUGGAUGCUGCUGCAGCAUGGGGAUGGAAAUCUGUCAAGAAUAAAUAAAUAAAUACAAGAUAAACAUUAAAGCUGUGGUCUGUAGUUGGUUUCUGAAACACUUUUUUAUCUUGUUUGUUGACAUCCGCUUCAUGUCCCAAUAGUCAACAAUAAAUAAAGGCGAUAUCUGGAAUCCUUGCAAUAGUGAAAUAAACCAAAUUGCACAGUUCCACUACAGGGAUGGAUCUGUUUAAUUAUUAUUAUUUUUUUAAGUGUAGCCCAUUGCUAGCCUUUCCUCAUUUAUAGACCCUAGCUGUAUAGCAAAAACAAUAGAUUUAUGUCUGUACAUUAAUGAAGCAUGGAGGCCAUAAAAACAGAGGAAAUGAAUGAGUGAAUGAAUGAAUGAAUGGGUGGUAACACCUGAGGCACUUGGAGACUGUUGCACACGUUCUUUGGUGACCUGUUGGUUUACGAUAUAUUCUUAUUGACUGUGCUCGUAGAUGAUUUCUUUUAUUUUUGGUGUAACAGAAAUGUGAAGGAACAUUUAGAUCCUUUGUUUAAUUUUCUUACAUUUUUUUGUUUCGCCCUUGGAGGAGAAAGUAGGAUGGUGGAGGAUGGUGUUAUUGAUUGUGCCACAGUUAUGCCUUAUUAAAAGCUGGGAGAGAUUUAAGUUUUGUUUUUCUACAGAUGCACUAAAUUUGAUCCUUGUAGAAGUGGCAAACAACAACACAUGCCCUUACUUGUACACUGUAUACCUCUUUUAUGUUUGUUUUUUCCAUGUUGUUGUUGAAUUAAUCUGUUGUAAACAGUAUCGGAUUUCGUAAUUGUUCUAAAGUUUCUAUCCAUUGUUCAGUUAGGAACUUUGUGGAUCAUUGAAAAUGAGCUACCAAAAUGUGAGAAUGAAGGAUAAUGUGUUCAAGUUUGAAAAAUAAACGAUUGUUUCCCA